AUGCGUUACGAAAAUUGGGAUGUGUUGCUUUUCCCCGAGGGUUGCAAGGUGCCCAUCCAGGAGUUCAAAACGCAAUGCUUCGUGACCAAAGAUACCGAGUCCCCAUACCUCCAGAUUUCUGCCUCCAUGAGUCCUCCGUCCUACUAUCCGGCUCAAGGGAACGUUGGUCAAGUCCCCGUUCUGACGACCUUCAUUCCGAGCAUACCCAAAGACAGUUGCUUUCGUGUCUCCAUCCACAGCUGGGACAAGCCGCGCCCUAGCCGCUUUAUGGAGAAGUUGAUGGAACCGGAGGACGUGCUGAUGUUUGAGGGCCGGGUCUACAUCGAUGGGCAGCUUAUUGCUGGCGGUAUCUUUGGUCAGAGAACCAUGUGGCCCUAUGUUAUAGAUUUUAGUACUCAUAUCGACCGUGACGGCAAUCAAGACGUGCUUCGUUUCCCUGCUUUUCACUCCGAGAUCUUGGACCAACAACACUGGGAUGCUGGAGACCCCUUCGGCCGGAUCAAGGUAACCCUUUCCGAGGGCUUUGCCCGUCCAAACCGGUCUCCUCCUUUUGAGAGGGUCAAAGAUGUGAUCUCUUUGUCUUUCCAGCACGCCCCGCUAGACAUCUUGGAAUAUUCCAACAUUGCUUGGCCCAACUCUAACAUGUGGACCCAGGCCUUGCGAGCCGGGUCCAAACUCGACUCUACUAGAAAGAUCGGUGGUGCGGGGGCUGAUGAUAGUCCUCAUGGCCAUUCUCCUUCCCGACCAGAGCCUCGACUCCUACAAACAACCAGCAGCGAGUCCAGUAGUACUCAGAGUGGAAUUUCCAACGCAUGGUCCUCCAAUGCAUGGGUUUCCAACCGUGCAUUUCCCUUCCCUGUAUCCCAGUGGGACCGUCAGGGGCCAGAACGUCGAUGGGGGUUCUACCCAGAGCGUUACCUUGAACCACUUAUGACUGAUAAAGUUAUUGAACCGUUGAUCACCGAUGACGUUUGGAACCAUCGGGGUGCCCGAUCUUCCCGUGAAGAUGUUCCCAUGCCAGACUACUCCAGCAUCGGCAGCAGCCGUGCUAUGUCAAGCGUGGCUGGAAUGAGCUAUGAACACAGCAAACAAGCCAGUAUGUCAACGCCGAUCGAUGACGAUCAAAUUAACGAGUUAAUCCAAGCCCUGACCCCAACCAAAGUACCACCCACAACUGGCACUCGGGCGCCUUCCAAUACCCCGUCGACUUUGCUUGCAGCAGCAAAGCCUUCUGCUGUAGUCGAAGUCAGCCAUAGCAGCGCACGUACUUCUGCUCUGCGAGAACUCUCGCAGCCCAGUUCCCGAGAUGUAUCCGGGUCAAGCAACAUAUCUCUAGCGGUUGAGAAAAUUACAGCUCCAUCCAAACUUGCUGAUGUUCCCAGUGACAACAUCAAUGGCAAGAAAGAACGGACCAAGGAAAACUCCAAAGAAUUCCUGCAGAAGAGUUCCCGGGAGGAUCUAGUCGAGGACCCAAAGGAGAAUGGUGCGCCUCAGGAGGAGAAGAUUGACAAUGGAGAAGUGCAAGAGAGUGAAGGACCUAUUACUGUAUUACUAUGA